AUGGAUCCCGUGAGACUAUUCUCCGAUACCUUCGGUGUAGACUAUUCCGCCGCAGCGUACCUCGUCGGCGCGCUUUCGUCCAUCCCCGUCGCGUACCUUCACCGGUUUAUCGGCCCUCCCGCGCUCCGCCAUGUAUACGCCGCAGUUUCCGGGGUGCUUCUAUCGUUAAUCUCCUUCACUCCCGACGUGCUGCUGCAUUUCAUCCUCGCAGCGGCCUUCACACUCGUCGUCAUGCGAACGCAGCGAAGCAUCUGCGGACUGGUUACCUUCAUUGGUACAUUCGCACAUCUCAUCGCAUGCCACGUCAUCUUCAUGAGCGACGACGCGCGGAGAACGGGCCGCGUGGACUUCACGGGGACUCUAACGAUCGUGGCGAUUAAGCUGACGUCACUCGCCAUGGACUACCAGGACGGCCGUAAAGCCCUAAAGGACGACGCGAAGCGCGCGAAAGACGGCGAGAAACCCGAGAGCGAGCAGCCGUCGCGCGAUGAUCGGAGAAAGGCGGAGAAGCGGGCGAGAGUGAUUAGAAAAAUGCCGUCGCUGGUGGAGUUUCUGGGGUAUCUUUUCUGCUGCGGGCAGCAUCUGCUUGGGCCGUGGUUCGACUAUCAAUCCUACGACGACUGGACGCACCGCCGCGGGGUGUGGUCCCCGUCGGUGCGCUCCCCCUCGCCCAUCCCGCCCUUCCUCCGCGUGCUCGUCCAAGGCUUAUUGGCAGCAGCCGUCUUCCUCCUCAUCUUCCCGCACCUCGACCUCUCCCUCGCCACCGACCCGGCGCGCUUCUUCGCGCUGCCCUUCCUGCGGCGCCUGCUGCUGGUGUUCCACGCCACGCUCGUGGCGGCGUCAGGUGCCGAGCGACAGGUGGCAUCGUGGGAUAGGGCGCGCAACGUGAAUAUCCUCGGCAUGGAGCUCGCGAGCACGGGCGCUGACGUGGCAAAGAACUGGAACAUCUCCUUCAGCACGUGGCUGCGCAUCUACGUGUAUGAACGGCUGGAGUCAAUGCCAAGGAAGAGUGCACUAUUCAACCUGCUCUUCACCUUCUUCAUCAGCGCCAUUUCGCAUGGUUUGAACCCAGGGGAUCUGAUAGGCUUCGCCCACUGGGCGCUCAUGAUAGCGGGGUCGCGAGUCAUCUACCGCUGGUCGCGGCCUCUAGCCCAGGGCUCGCUGCCUCGCCACGCUGCCUCGCUGCUGCACUUCCUCUACGUGCUGCUCUGCAUCAACUACGCUGGCUUUGGCUUCAGUGUGAGUGCUUGUGCAUCUUGA